GACCAGGACCGGGUGAAGCGCCCCAUGAACGCGUUCAUGGUGUGGUCGCGCGGGCAGCGGCGGAAGAUGGCCCAGGAGAACCCCAAAAUGCACAACUCGGAGAUUAGCAAGCGGCUGGGAGCGGAGUGGAAGUUGCUCUCCGAGGCGGAGAAGCGCCCCUACAUCGACGAGGCCAAGCGGCUGCGGGCGCAGCAUAUGAAGGAACAUCCCGACUACAAGUACCGACCCCGGCGCAAGCCCAAGAACCUGCUGAAAAAGGACAGGUAUGUCUUCCCUUUG